CAGUUUAUCAGAUAUGGACAUCUUUAAUGGUGGACUGAAUCACAAAGCAAAGGACACCAACCCCACAGCAAAAGUCUAAGGAGAUGUUGAAAAGUCUAAGUCAAUUCAAGAUGUUGGUCAAUGGCGUCACUUCAAUGCAAUCUCAUUCUCCUUCAUACAUCAAACGCACACUCACAGCUCAUGCACUGAUCUUUCUCCUUCUACGGCAGGAAGAUGUGUCGUUACAGACUCGCUCUCUCGCUCCUCACUCUCUCUCUCCUUGGUUGCCCUUUCGUUCUUGUUCUCUCCCAAGAUGAGUUCAAAGAUGCUCCCACCUCCGGCGACUCUGACGCAGACUCCUCCCCCGACUCUUCUUUGGAGUGGGAUGAGUUUGAUUACUCUGAUUACAAGCCCGAACACGAGCUUGACCGAGGGUCGUGGCACCCGAUUUUUGAGCCUGAUUCCACUGCUUCUGAUAUCACGGAGGACCCGAUGAUGACCGAGUAUUACUCUGCUGUUAAGAAGAUUUUGUGGGCGGUGACCGGCGGGGAGGUGGGGAUGAUGCAGGAGGCUACGGCGGAGAUUGAGGCGACAGCUGUGGCUGGGAAUCCACACGCUCAGUCAGUGUUGGGGUUUCUGUACGGGCUAGGGCUGAUGAAAGAGUGGAAUAAGACGAUGGCGUUUCUGUACCAUCAUUUUGCGGCUGAAGGAGGUAAUUUGCAGUCCAAGAUGGUUCUGGCUUACACUUAUUCUCGACAAGAUAUGUAUGAUAAAGCAGUUAAAUUAUAUGCUGAAUUAGCUGAAGUGGCUGCCAAUAGCUUUUUGAUCUCAAAAGAUUUACCUGUGAUUGAACCGGUUAGAAUUCAUAAUGGAGCUGAGGAGAACAAGGAAGCUCUGAGGAAGUUCAGAGGGGAGGGGGAUGAAGACUUCCAGAUAUUGGAAUAUCAAGCCCAAAAGGGCAAUGCUGGAGCCAUGUACAAACUUGGGCUAUUUUACUACUUUGGAUUGAGAGGAAUGAGGCGUGAUCAUGCAGAGGCAUUGUCAUGGUUCUUGAAGGCUGUAAAGAAGGGGGAGCCCAGGUCAAUGGAACUCCUUGGUGAGAUAUAUGCAAGAGGAGCUGGAGUUGAAAGGAACUAUACCAAAGCACUUGAAUUGCUUACACUUGCAUCAGAGCAGCAACUCUACUCAGCUUAUAACAGCAUGGGGUAUUUAUAUGUGAAAGGUUAUGGAGUGGAAAAGAACUGCACCAAAGCAAAGGAAUAUUUUCAGAAAGCUGCUGACAAUGAAGAGGCUGGUGGGCACUACAGUCUUGGAGUAAUGUAUCUUAGAGGGAUUGGAGUAAAGAGAAAUGUAAAGCUGGCUUGCAAAUAUUUUAUAGCGGCUGCUAACGCAGGUCAAACAAAGGCAUUUUACCAACUAGCAAAGAUGUUCCAUAUGGGGGUUGGACUUAAGAAGGAUCUCGUUAUGGCUACUGCAUUAUAUAAACUGGUUGCAGAAAGGGGUCCAUGGAGUACCUUGUCUAGAUGGGCACUGGAAGCAUACCUAAAAGGUGAUAUAGGCAAGGCACUUGUACUGUAUUCAAGGAUGGCUGAACUGGGAUAUGAGAUUGCUCAGGGCAAUGCUGCAUGGAUACUUGACAAACAUGAGGAGAGUAGCAUGUGCAUAGGAGAAUCUGGACUUUGCACAGACGCAGAAAGGCACCAGCGUGCCCUUUCUUUGUGGUGGCAAGCGUCUGACCAGGGCAAUGAACAUGCCGCCUUACGAAUUGGUGAUGCAUAUUAUUAUGGUCUGCCGCUAGCCCUUUUUUCCCUUCCCCCACGCAAGUCGCUGACUGAAGCAUCUCCCCCGCCCGCCGGUGACGUCGAUUCCGCUCUGACCGAAGACAACUACGAUAUUAUCGAUGAUACAGAUCUUCAGCAGUAACUUUCAGACGUGCUUUAGCAGCGAAGGUGUCACCAUUGCAGCAACCCUUUGUGCGUCACCACCUUGAGCCACAGCACGCUGCCGCCAUUUCUCCUCUUACUGUUGCCACCGUGGUGUACCCUGAGCCACGAUUUGAGCAUCAGCUCAGACAGAGAGAUACCCCUUUGCUCAAAUGAACACAGAUGUUGGAGUGUAUUAUACCCCAGCGUGUAGAUUCAGAUGAGGUGUUUGAUGGUGCUGAGGCAGUUUGUAGAAUGGAGGACUGGUUGAUUGAGAAUCAUGGCUUCCAGCCGCAGUAUGCAGUUUCUGAGCUGAGCAAGAAGAAUUCCUAGAGAAUGUUUGAUGCUAGACUGUAUGAGCAGUGCAAGAGGAGAUAUGGAGCUGUUAGAACCUUCAUGAGUACCUAGCGAGUCCAAGAAGGGAAGUAAGACUAAGAAGGAGGUUCAAGAAGCUGAGCAAGCCCACCUUGAAACUGCUUAUGUAGAGGGUGAUUAACCAAUGGAUUCAGCUUGAGGUGAAUUUGGUAUGAUUUAGUGGGAUUUCGUUUGCUGCUUGUUUUUAUUUUCAGACUAUCCUUGUGAGUUUUUAAUUAGUAUUUCUAGCUGAAUGCUUUAGUUGCUGCUUUAUUUUCUUAUCUUGGAUUUUAACGAAUUAGAUAAGACUUCGGAUGAUUUUAGUGUUUUAAACAGUUUAUGGACAAGAAGGAUUUGGGGCAAAGGCUCUUCUUAGCCUGGACUGGAUGUUAUUUACUUGCACAAUCUUUACUAAGCCAUUAUGCUCGAGGUGGUUUACUGGUGAUUUUCAAGUAUUUUCUUCACUUUAGUUGGUUCUUAGAGUUUACAUGUGGAGGACAGCCUUGUUGCUGUCUUAUGGAAGUAUUGUGUGCCUGCUCUAUAAUCAACAGAUUCCCACAUGUUGCUGGUGAAUUAUUUGGUCUGCUUAUUGCAAUGCUCUUUAUGCAAUAGGCCAUAAGGGUGAGCACUCACAUCAACUCAAUUUAACUAGGCAUUAACAUAGAUCCAUUUCAAUUAUGAGAGUUCAAAUUUGUUUGAAUAGUUGUAAAAAUGAAAUUCCAUGGUAGUUUGUUUUCUUCAGUAUUCUGAAGGCAAUAUUAGAUUCAAUAUAUCAUGAUUUCUUUUUCUAAAGCACCUUGAUAAAAGCAGAAUAUCAAUUGAAAUGGCCUUUUUGCCAUAUAAUCCUAUAGGGAUUUGUGAUGGAGUUUGGCAGGGAAAAAUCCUAAUCAGACUGCACUCCAACCUUCUUGGUGACUUGGCAGUGGAAUGUUUGCAUUGGUUCUAUCCUUUGGCCUUAUUGGACUGCACUUAGGAGCCGUAAAGCUAGGUCCUGGUGUUAUGGGACAUUGCAUUGGAAUUCCUAUAUGGAUUAUUUAAAUAAAGAAAAAUACAUCUUAUGGGUUGAGUUCUAUAACGGUAUCAUCCUUGAUUAUGCAAUUUUGAUUUUGUGGUUCACUUGCAUUUUAUUUUAUAGAGUCAAGUAAUCACCUUUAUUUGGUUUUCAAGUCUAUAGAAAAACUUCACAAUCAGCUAUAUAGUUUAUUGGCUCUUUCAUAAUGCUUCUUUUUAUUUUUCAUGUUUUUUCAAGGUUGGCUACGAGGAUUUAUUGCAGAUUAUGGAGUUCCAGUUAUGGUGCUUGCAUGGAUUGCGAGAUCCUAUAUAACAGUUAAAGCAUGUUCCAAGAGGUAUAGUCCGGAUGUGUCUUCUCACCCCGUUUCAAUGAUUUUCACCCUUUGAUCCCAAAUGAAUGGCUGAUCAUCUAAUGAGAAAUUCAUGGAGUUUUAGUUAUAAGAAUACUUGUAUUUUAAAAAUUAAAUCAUUAAGUGUUUUGAUUUUGCUUUUUUUUUUUAAAAAAAAAAGAAGUUAAAUUGCCAUUUAAUUAUUAAAUAUUGUAAUUAUUUAAUUACUUUUA